CAUCUGUAAUGGGAUCUGAUGCCCUCUUCUGGUGUGUCUGAAGACAGCUACAGUGUAUUCAUAUGCAUUAAAUAAAUAAAUAAAUCUUUUUUAAAAAAGAAAGAAAGAAAGCUAGAAGGUGUGAUGAGGAGGAUGCCAGAAGCAGGAUGGACGGCACUAAAGGAUGUGCUGUUUUUUAAGUAGUGCCUUUUGAAAUUUAGUCCUACUGCAUCAGAGCAGUGAUACAAAGGAACGUGGGAAUACAGAAAGGGGAAUUAAUUAAGAAAUGUGAAGAUUCUGCAAGGAAAAUAAAUAAGUGGCUGAUUAUUAAUAGGACCCAGGGAGGUGGAUGUGGAUUCCAAAGCUCAAGUCUCAAGAUUGCUGAGGCUGGAGAAACACUGAAAUCUACAAGAAUCAUCUGAAAAGGACCAGCCGAAGGUGAGGGCCGGGCCGGGUUGCCACACUGAGUAGUAAAUCCGGCGUGAUAUCGCUUCCAGGAGAGUUUAGAAAGGAGAUAAAUGAUAUAUAAUUCAGAGUGCCUUUAUGGCGCUUGCCGUGACCUCACUGGUUCCUCUGAGGGUCCCUGGGAGGUGGCUCCCAAAUCUGCCCGGGGCAGCACAGCAGGCAAUGUGGACCGGGACUCUAGACAGGGCGAGCGGCUCCGAAGACUCUGAAGCUGACUUUCCUUGUUCGCCGGUGCAAAAAGUUGGCCCUGGCUGUGCCGCAGUGGAUUCCUGCAGCUGGCUGGAAGGCUCCCGGCGACUAGGAAGCUAGACUAGAAAACUCAAAACCAGCGCUCCCCGGAGGCCAACGUAGAGCACCUCCGUUCGGACCAAUCCCCUGGAGCGGUCUUUGUCACCUAACCCAAUAAGCGCUGUUCUUCGGAGCACCUCCUAUCAAUCCACCAUAUGAUUGGUUCGCCUUUCUGUUCCGCGGCGUUGCCCCAGCAACCGGGCUAUGGACGCGGAGGGGCCUCCAGGCAGCUAAAUUCCGAAACCCUGGGGCUCUUCAUUCACCUGCCCUGCGGGCCUCAAGCACCAUGUCGGUGCGGACUCUGCCGCUGCUCUUCUUGAACUUAGGUGGGGAGAUGCUUUACGUCCUAGACCAGCGACUGAGGGCCCAGAACAUCCCGGGAGACAAGGCCCGCAAAGAUGAAUGGACAGAGGUGGACAGAAAACGAGUUCUGAACGACAUCAUUUCAACCAUGUUCAACAGGAAGUUCACAGAGGAGCUGUUCAAACCCCAGGAGCUGUACUCCAAGAAGGCCUUGAGGACUGUGUACGACCGCCUAGCUCAUGCCUCCAUCAUGCGACUGAACCAGGCCAGCAUGGAUAAGCUCUAUGACCUGAUGACCAUGGCUUUCAAAUAUCAAGUGCUGCUGUGCCCACGCCCCAAGGACGUGCUGCUGGUCACUUUCAACCAUUUAGACUCCAUCAAGGGUUUCAUCCAAGACUCACCAACCAUCAUCCAUCAGGUGGACGAGACCUUCCGGCAGCUGACAGAAAUCUACGGGAGUCUCUCUGCCGGGGAGUUCCAGCUGAUCCGGCAGACACUGCUUAUCUUCUUCCAAGACCUGCAUAUCCGAGUGUCCACAUUUCUAAAGGACAAAGUUCAGAAUUCUAAUGGUCGCUUUGUGUUGCCAGUGUCGGGGCCUGUUCCCUGGGGAAUAGAAGUUCCUGGAGUCAUUAGAGUGUUCAAUGACAAAGGUGACGAGGUGAAGAGGAUGGAAUUCCGGCACGGUGGGGACUAUGUUGCUGCCCACAAGGAAGGUUCUUUUGAGCUUUAUGGAGACCGAGUCUUGAAACUGGGAACUAACAUGUACAGUGCGAGUCGUCCUGUGGAAACCCAUAUGUCUGCAACAUCAAAGAACUCAGCCUCCAGGGCACAGGAAAACAUUGCUCCAAACCCUCUUGCCAAAGAAGAACUGAAUUUCUUGGCCAGGCUAAUAGGAGGGAUGGAGAUCAAGAAGCCAAGUGGCCCUGAACCAGGAUUCCGACUGAAUCUGUUUACCACCGAUGAGGAAGAGGAACAUGCAGCGCUGUCUCGGCCCGAGGAGUUAUCCUAUGAAGUCAUCAGCAUACAGGCCACACAGGACCAGCAACGGAGUGAGGAGUUGGCCCGGAUCAUGGAGGAGUUUGAGAUGACAGAGCAGCCGGAGCGGAACACAAGCAAGGGAGAUGACUUGCUGGCCAUGAUGGACAGGUUAUAGACAAGCAGAUGGGCACACCCUAGGCCUCCCUCAAGAGACUGACUGCCUUAUGACCACUGGGAGAGACAAAUGGCCUGCACCUUCUAGUCCAUUUUCUAAGUCAGAACAAACUGUGAAGAUCUCUCAGAGAGCAUCCAUUUCUGAAGCCACACACGUUUGUGUAUUUUCAGCAAAAUAUAUUCUUGCUCUUAACCCAGA